GUUCCAGAGUCUAUCUGCAUAGUGUCUGCUGUUCAUGGGCGUCCCAGCACCGUUUUGAAUUGUCUAUUGAACAGAAGGGGAGGCAGGUCUUGGAAGAGGAGACGCUGGCGGAGUAAUACAACGCCCCAGGGUGUGUGUAUAGCAGGUAACUUGCCCGUUUCUUGAAUACCUGUACACACACGCAUCAGGGAAUCGAGCAUAGACUCCCUCUCCAACCUUUCUCUCCCCUCCUUGUUUCUCUUACACACUUUGUGUGUGUGUGUGUGUGUGUGAAAUUCUCUCUCUUUCCUACUCACCUUUUCAUCCGUACCUGGUGGGGGAAAUAAAAAGGGAAAAAGAGAGAGAGAGAGAAAAAAGCCACGUUGCCAUCGUACAACGCAGUACGUCGAGUGAAUAGACAACAUACAGUCGACGCUGGGCCGGGCAAACGGUCGCCACGGGCUUGGAAAGUGCAACACUCGACCAAAACCAUCACAAGAGGAAAUUAUCAGUUUUUUUUGUGUGUGUGUGAAGUAGUGACGGGCAGCGACGGGCUGUGUGUGCCAAGUUUCGUCAUUCUGGCAAACAUCGUACGUGAGACAUCGCUGGACAAACAUUUGGAACACGCAAGUUAUUUUGUGUCAGUUUUGUGUUGAUGCGACGUUGACUAGUGAAAGAGUCUUUUGACUCGUUUAGCCAAAUUUAAUUGUUUUCCGUCUGGAACGCAUUUAUUAGCCAUCUUGGACGCCAUCAAUAGCCAUCGUCUUGUGUCUGUGUGUAUGCAAAGAAGCUUAACCUUCGAGUUAAAAAAAAAAAAAGAAAAGAAAAACGAUUGGCGAACGUGAAAUUCUUGUUGUGGAUCAGACUGGAACGAACCAAAAGAAGAAGAUCCACUCCCCCACACACAUAGAGAAACAAAAAGCGAAGGGACAGGAAGUAAAACAAAGCCGCAAAACAAGCCAAAGAAUCAAGAAAUGGCGUAAAGGAAACGAAUAGACGCCAGACUACAAUUCUACGAGUUGUUUUCGUUUUUUCUCUGUUGUUUAUCGACAAGAAAGAAUAGUUCCAAUUGCAGACAGUGUGUGCAUCCUCGCACACGAUGUACACCGGAUAUUGCAGGUUGACGCUGGAUACCGACACUACCGCCAAUUAUUAUUGCACCGGAUUACCUACGUGAACCAAAAAGUCCGUUACGUUUCCCCACGAAAAAGUUGACUGACUUUUAGUGACCCCAUCGCUGAAUCAAGAAACAGUUUGCGGAAUAGUUGGAUUAAUUUCAAAAAUAAAACAAUAGUGUCUGCGUGUACGUUUUAGUUUGGUGUCGGAUGUUGAUCAUUGCAAGAUGAGCAAAUGGAGAAGCGCAAUUUGAGAGUGUCCGCCUUGGCUGAGGGAUUGUCGGCUGUCGGCUUAGUCCUGGCCAUCAUCACCGUCAUUUCUCCAUACUGGGGACGAUUUUCCAGCGAAGGCCCUCCAAAUAGUGGCGAUCUGGUUUCUGGCUAUUUUGGAUUGUGGACCAUCUGCAAAGAUUUGCCUCAGGGGCGUUCCUUCUGCGGCUUGAAUGUCACUGCUUUUAACCUGUCAACAUGGACAUUUAUUGCCGGAGUCGUUGCUGUUGUCAGUGUCAUCGCGAUCGGUUUGGCUGCUCUGCUGGGCGUCUGUCUCCUGUUGAUGCUCAAAACCCAAGAGCGAGUUUGUCUGCCUUAUCGACCGGCCGUCGUGGCCCGCCUCGUUCUCUCUGCACUAGCAGCUCUACUGUCAACUGUAGCCAUAGCACUGGCCAGCAUCAGGACAGACGAGAGGCUACCCUACGGUUUGAGUCGAGGAUGGACCUUCUACCUGCAGAUGCUGGUCAUCGCGUCCGAGGUCCUCUUGACGCUAACGGCCACCUACGAAUUGAUGCUAAGUCGACGAUUAGGUGGCGAUCCCACGUUUUACAGUCGCGAUCCGUCUGGUUCCGGCGCUCUCACGUACUCCAAUCCCAGUUUCAAGGACGACUCCGGCCGACCCAGCGGAAUGGGUGGCGGACGACCAGGAAGCGGAAUGGGUGGUGGACGUCCCGGAAGCAGCAACGGUUCGUCGACGAGUAAUAGCAGUAUCAAUACCAUCGUUUCGGCCAGCUCUGUACGAUCGGCACCUAAUGGCAAACAGGCCAGCUCCAACGGUUCCAGAGUGCACAAUGCGCAUACUAAAAGCUCGUCCACCUCUGGAAAAAGCCCUUCUUCCAGCAGAGCGUCACCUAAGAGGCCCACUACUGGACGGCUGGCCAAUGGUGCGAUGAUCCGUGCAGCAGCUGGUCGUGGAAGCCAACGAAGUCGGUCAAGUGGGCACAACAGUUCAAGAUCGAAGCCGACGAUUGCCUUGACGGCUUCCAGCGCUCAUCCGUACUCGAUGGGCGGGGCUGAUGGACGAUCACCUGACAGCGUUGAUCAAGGCAGCACGUCGAGCAUUUUGAAUGGUUCGUUCGGUUCGAUUGAGAGUUCCAGUUAUGGAACAACGAGCUCAGUCAUCUCGAGCAGUUCCAUCUCUUCCAAUCCGAUGGCUUUGUCGCCUCGGAAAUCUUCGCUCAAGAAGCCGCGGCCACGUAAUGAGGUGCCAGCAUCGCCAGUGCCAGAAGGCAGUGAAACUGGUAGCAUCCUGGGCUUCCAGAACCCAGGAUUUGGUGAAAAUCGGGCUGGAAGCAUCAAACGCGUUCGUAUCGCUUCGCAGAGCACUGACGUUUAAAGAUUUUUAUUUAUUUUUCAAAUCCGGACUUUGAUUUUUGCUUUCGUCUGCAUCCGACUUUGACAGGAUAAGCUGCUUGCAUUUUGGGUUUGAAACGGAGCUAAGCUCGCCCUUUAAUGAUACAGACCUUUUAAUAACAGUCUUUUCCUGUCUGUCGUUCCAAAGAGCCCGAUCGAUGCAGGGAGGUGUCCCGAAUCAUGAUGAAGUCUCUCUCGCACAUACGGCGAAGAAAACAAAUGCGUCUGCAUCCAAACCAAUGGUAUCUUCCGUCCAUGUGUGUGAUACUAACCGGUGUGUAGAAGACUUGUUUUCUCGUUUAGGAAAAAACAACUUUAUACUUGACCUUUUUUUUUUUUGAUCGCCCUAUCGUUUUCCUUUUCAACGGCUCAUCUAAUUUCUCAUAUUUUGACAAGAAAAAAAAAAUAUCGCAGAUCUUCUUUCACAUUCGAGUUCGUAGAUAUAAAAAUGCAGUUCAUUUCCUCUUUUUUUUGAUCAGACGAGCGGAUACGUGUAAUGUAUAAAACGAGUAAAGUGCAGGUGCCAAUGCUGUUGCUUUCAGGAACCUGAAGCUUGGUAUAUUAAGGCGGAAAAAAUUAAUAGUUGGGAUUUGGAAACAAUCGAUAACUUGCGUGUUUUUUUUUUUUCUCUUUUUAAAAAUUGUUUUUGAAUUUUUUGUUUGCUAUUCAUUUCGAUGGUUUCUGUGGUUGUGAUCAAGAGUGGCCCAUUGUUUUCGUUAUCUAUCUGUUUCGUUCACUUCUUGCUUCGUGACAAUUUGGCUUGGAAAUAAUUAAGCUGAUGCAUGAAAUAGAAAAUGAAGCAGGUUUUCUUUUCUCUUAGACCUCUCUUCGUAAACAAGAAAUUCCAAUUUAUUUGAAACUUAAUUGAAUUGAAUGCUGUACCCCCAUUGCGGAAUAAAAGUGCACACUUUGUUCUACCCUAUGAUUGUACCGAUCGAUUAUAUUGUUUUGAUUGCGCACUAUGAAUUACAUUAAAAUGUUUCUUCAAACAUCA